AUGGGUGGUCCGAGUUUUAUAGAUGGAAAAUGUCACGAAGAAACAAACAAUUUUCAAGCAUGUAGAUUUGAAGUAGAUGGUAUCGAAUAUUGUAGUGCUGAAAACUAUUUUCAAACACAAAAAGGAACAACCACUGAGGCUAGAGAAAAAGUUCGGAAUUCUGGACCAGGUGCUGCUUGUUAUAUGGCUGGCUCAUAUGUCCAUCCACUUCGUCCUGAUUGGGAAUCUGUAAAAGUACAAGUGAUGUAUGACGGAAACAAGGCAAAAUUUGAACAAAAUAGUGAAUUUGCUAAAGCUUUAAUGAGCACAAAAGGUGACGUGAGAUUUGGAUCAUCAACAACGUUCUGGAAUACAUGGAACGGAUUAAUUAUGGAACGGAUACGUGCAGAAUUGAGACGAAAUGGACCAGAAGAUGAAGAAACAGUGAAACGAAUUAAAGAAUUAAUGGACAAAUAUCAAAGAGAUAAUGAAAUGUAA